AUGGCUCUGAGAGAUGGCUGCAGCUCUCUAUGGCUCCCUGCCAGCAAGACAGCGCGUGCCACGAUGAAUGCACGUCUACUUGGACGACACGCUCUGUGUAGCUUUGGGGUAGAUGGCCGUAACUUCGGGACAUACUCCGGGCUGCAGCAGGUGUUUGGUAACAGCAGUAGCUUCUCAUCGCUUCUUUCUCCGGAUAGCACGCUCCUCUCCCGACCGCGACAUGCCCUGGGCGCCCUCCGAACAUGCUCUGGUGCACAAGACACGACCAAGACCAAUGCCCGGAGGUACUACUCAUCCAGCGACUACUCGUCUUUUACGGAGAAGCUUGAAGACCCCACGAACAAGCUGCAGAGCUACAUUUCGACCAGCCGCGACCCCUACCUCAAUCUAUCCAUUGAGGACCACAUCCUCCGGAAGAGCCCUGCCGACAGCACAGUCCUGUUCUUAUACGUGAACAGGCCCUGCGUCGUCAUCGGGCGCAACCAGAACCCGUGGACAGAGGUGAAUCUGGGUAUCCUCAACGCUGCCCGCGGAACACACGAGACCAAAGAUACCGAGCCGCCAGGCAUUGGCACCGUAGACCUCGUACGCCGCCGUUCGGGGGGAGGUACCGUCUUCCACGAUGAAGGCAACCUCAAUUGGAGCAUCACAUGCCCCCGAGGCGACUUCACACGCGACUUGCAUGCUGAGAUGGUUGUCCGUGCACUGCGAAGCCUGGGCAUCGACCGCGCCAGAGUUAACGAGCGUCACGACAUCGUGCUCGAUCAAGGCAGCGAGAAGCGGCUCUCAAAACCCCAAGACACCCAUCGUACAUCCUAUACCGUCGAGGAAGGCAAGCUGCCGCGAGCUCUGAAGGUCUCCGGCUCAGCCUACAAGCUCACGCGACUGCGCGCUCUACAUCAUGCCACGACUCUACUGAGCUCCCCGAACCUACACAUCAUACCCCACUACUUGCGAUCUCCAGCAAAGGAUGUUAUACAAGCUCAAGGCGUUGAAAGUGUCAGCUCGCCUGUAGCGAACAUUGGUUUGGAUGUAAAGACUUUUCAGCGUCAUCUCCAAGCCGAGUUUGCCGCCAUGUAUGCUGAAGUGGGAACUCCAAGCAUCGUACAAACAGUCGGAGAAGAUUAUCUGAACAUCCCAGAUAUCCGGAAGGGGUACGACGAGCUUCAGACUGAUGAAUGGAUGUGGUCCCAAACACCUGCGUUCCGCCUUGUGCUCAAUUCUAAAAAUGACAUCGGAAUCGCAGUGAAAGUACAUCAUGGCGUGAUCAAGAGCCUUGAGUUUGAGAACUCUGAAAUCGCUGACAUGUCUCGAAUGGCCCUUCGUACCGCGCUGGUCGGUCUAAAAAUACAAGAUAUCAAGAACUGGACAAGAUUCUUGCAGAAACGCGUCCGGUCAUGGGAUCACGGCUUGGCGAAAGUGGCAGGUCGUCUCGAUGAGCUCUUGCCGAUACCUGAAAUCUCUGGCUCUUGACUUCAUUUGUUGCAAGCAAGUGCAAAUCGCUCGCAAUCCGUUAAGAGUUGUGACGGUCGGACGCUGAUAGUGUGAGACUUGGCCGAAGAUAGCCAUCCAGACAUCGGUAUAGUACCAAACGCGCUUGGUGCAGUUGAAAUAUGCCCACCCCUGUAAGAGAAAGGACAUGAAGACUACCCCUGUUC